UUCCAAUUCAGAUACACAAAACAGUUUAAAUUUAGCUGAUGAUUUGUAUUCAGAUAAUUCAGAUAAUAAUAUUGAGAAUAUAGACUCAUCCUUGAUACAAAAUCUAAUUAUUCAUUUUAAAAAAGGUGUACUUCGUAAAACUAGAUUUAAAGGUUCUCAAAAAAUCAAAAAGAAAGUUGUGACUAAAAAACCGACAGAAUGUCAACAGUGUCACAGAUCUGGAUAUAACAAGGCGG